UGUCAAGAAAAAAAUAUUUGUUUCGGGUCUGUAAUCUGUGGUACGAUCAGUCAGCCAUGUUUAGUGUUUGAAAUGGUGGUGCCUCUAUUUCUUUCGUGAUAAAAAUAUUAAAUUAGUGAAAGAUUUUCGUUAUUUUAUUGUUAAACAAAGUGUUAGUGGGUUUUCAAUGUUUUUUGUGAAAAGUGAGUGAUAACCCGCCGUGACAAUGAACUGGGGUGUUGAGCUUUGGGAUCAAUAUGAUAACUUAGCCGCCCACACGCAUAAAGGAAUUGAAUUCUUAGACAAAUAUGGAAAUUUCGUCAAGGAGAGGUGUGCGAUAGAAUUAGAAUAUGCAGGGAAACUCAGGAGGCUAGUCAAGAAUUAUCAACCCAAAAGAAAAGAAGAGGAUGAAUACCAGUACACAGCCUGCAAAGCAUUCAGACAGCUCCUUCAGGAGUUGGGGGACUUUGCGGGUCAACGAGAGGUUGUGGCGGAAAAUUUACAGUCCAAUGUCGUUCGUGAAUUGCAUUUGCUUGCCAAGGAGCUUCGUGAGGAGAGAAAGCAACAUUUAAACGAAGGCGCGAAACAAAUGGCAGUAUUGAGUACGGCGGUGGGCGCGCUGGAGCGGGCGCGGAGGUCGUACGAGCGCGCCGCGCGGGAGUCGGAACGGGCGCUCGACGCCUUCCAGAAAGCAGAUGCAGAUUUUAAUCUAAGUCGAGCGGAGGUAGAGAAACAAAAGACGAACAUGAAGCUACGAAGCCAAGCGUGCGAAGACGCGAAGCAGGAAUACAUGGAUCAGCUCCGAAAGACGAACGAGGCGCAGAGACAGCACUAUGAACAGAGAUUACCACACGUUUUCAAACAGUUACAGGAUUUAGAUGAAAAAAGAAUAAAGAAUAUAAAAAACUUCAUGUUAAGUUCUGUGGACGUCGAAAGGAAGGUCUUCCCAAUUAUAAUGCAGUGCCUUGAUGGAAUGGAGCAAGCGGCCAAGAGUAUUAAUGAGAAAGAGGAUACACAACUCGUCAUAGAAAGGUAUAAAUCCGGUUUCGUCCCGCCCGACGACUUCCGGUUCGAGCCGGCGACGGGCGCGGACGCGACGGACUCGGCCGCCACCACGCACACACACAACCACCUCACCGCGGCGCGCGGCACCGUCUCCGGCAACCGGAUCAAGAAGAGAGGCGGCCUCCUGUCCAUAUUCAGCUCCAAUAAGAAGAUUAUUGAGGCGUGCAACUCCUUGAAGAACAACAUGUCGGUGGACGGAAAGGAGGAUUAUUCAGACUUGCCACCAAAUCAACGGAAAAAGAAACUUCAAGGAAAAGUUCAGGAAUUGACGAAACAGGUUGGACAGGUACAGGCUUCGAUGGAAGGUCUAAUGAAAAUGAAAGGCGUAUACGAAACAAAUCCUACUCUAGGAGAUCCAAUGACUGUAGAAGGUCAACUAAACGAAUGUUGUGAUAAAGUCAAGAAAUUGCGCGCGCAAUUACGCAAGUACGAAGAGUUGCUAGUGGAAGCGAACAAUCAAGUAUGUGCACCGCCCUUACAUCCCACGGCCAGAACUAACGGAUCUGCACCAACGCAAGCAACAAGCAUCGGGUCGAACAGCGAGUCCCUGUCCCGCUCGGCCUCGGAGUCGUCGGUGAGCACGGGCGCGGGCGCGGGCGCGGGCGGCGGGGGGCGCGCCGCGGGGGGCUCGCCCGAGUCCGGCCUCGGCGGGGAGCUCGCCGCCGCGCACGCCGACCACACCAACGGCGACCACGAUGACCACAACCACGACCACGACCACGACCAUGACCACGACCACGAUCAGGACCACGACCAGGACCACGAGUCGGACUUCGACUACUACUACGAGCCGGACUUACAGCCGCUGGGCUACUGCAAGGCGCUUUACGCGUUCGAAGCGAACGGCACGGGCUCGACGAUGCGCAUGGAGUGCGGCGAGCGCCUGCUGGUGCUGGAGACGGACGCGGGCGACGGCUGGACGCGAGUGCGCCGCCACCACACGCGCGAGGAGGGCUUCGUGCCCACCACAUACAUCGCCACCACGCUCUACGCAGACGCGCAUGCGCACUAGCCGAUGUACUCAGGAACAAGUGGCGUUUUAGUGAUAGCGCUAAUCGUUCAGUGUGAAUAUAUUAGUGUUGGCGGACUGUAGCCACUUCGGACUCUGUGCAAUCAGUCUUUCAGUUAUCUGUGGCCUAUAUAUUUACAAGUAUUAUUGCUAUAAUUUAUCAUUAUUGAAAUUAGAUUUAUUUUUUUAUCGUGUAUCUGAUUGAUUGUCCUGCGGCCGUGGUCAGAGUUGAAAAUGAGAUAAUCAUAAUAACAUUCCAUGAUCUUAUUUAUUGUGUAUAUUGUAUGUUAUGUGGCGUACAUAUUUUCAUGUAUAGUCGUGUAACAGUAGAUUUAUAAUUUUAUUUUUAAUAUUAUAACACAUUCAGAUCUUCGUUGUGCCAGCUCUUUACGUGUUAAGAUUAUUUUUUCGUACUUAUGAUAGUCGUUACUGCUUUAUGUGAUGGAUUAUUCGAAAUUAUAGCAAAAAUAAAUUAUCAAGUGUAUUAUAUGUAAACAUUGGAGGUUCGAGAUUAAAUUAAACAACAAUUUGACGUAUAGUUUAGAAGUAAUGGAGUGAAGUAACCGUAUCACAUGAUGUAUUAUAAAAUGCUUGUGUUAAAUGAAUCUUAUGUAAUAUUAAGCGCUAGCUAAAUGUGGUUAUUAGCCAAUGCUAUUUUCUGAAUAUUUGCUGUAUGCAAGAAAUCUAUUGUAUUUAUAUAUAGUGAGAUGAGGGAUGGAUGAGUGCAUUUGAUUUUUUUAUAUAAAAUAAAACUAUAUGAGGACU